AUGAUUUUAGAUGUAGUGCAAUUCUGGAAUUAUAGAUGGAUGUUAUGGCUGAGAUCAAGAUCUCCCAAAGAUCAAUUAUCUUAUGCGUUAAGCAGAGCCGAUACGUUUGAAGAAUGGGAAGAAAAUGCCUUCCGACUCGAUGAGUUGCUUAGUGCUGAUUUAUGGCGCCAAAACCCAACAAGCAAACAUUAUGAUUACAGACUCAUUCUUCAGCGACUAGAGUCAAUUCUUGGAGCCCGCGAGUCGGAGGACAUCCUGACACUGGUCAGCAUUCUCCGCUCCGGCCUGGUUCGCAAUCUCGGUAAUAUCACCUCCAUGAAAUUAUUCAACCACGCCUAUGCCGGUACGAAACUGUUAAUUGACGACUAUAUUACACAUGUGGCGCUGUCCAUCCAAUAUGUGACAUCGUUACAAACCAUCCCCAUGCACGUGAGCGGUUUCACGUCGCAGGCGAAACUAGAAUUACUACAUGAUACUCGACAGGCGUUUGGCAGAACAUCUCUCGUUUUACAAGGAGGCACCGUCUUUGGGCUAUGCCACUUGGGUGUAGUCAAGGCAUUGCAUCUCCGAGGUCUUUUACCUCGUAUUAUUACUGGAACCGCCACGGGAGCCUUAGUGGCUGCCCUCGUCGGUGUCCGUACAGAAGACGAACUUUUAGACUUUCUGGACAGCGAUAUUCUUGAAUUCUGCGCAUUUAAUGGUGAAGCCGCCAAGGGGGCAUCGAAAGAGAAGCUGAUAGCGGGUAAGACACAGUAUGAACGACCGCGAAUAGGCUUUGGAUGGCUACGACGAUAUUUUACGGAGGGAAACUUUCUCGACGAGUCUGUUUUGGAGGAUUGUGUACGAACAUACGUGGGCGAUAUGACCUUUGAGGAGGCGUAUGCAAAGACGAAGAGAAUAUUGAAUAUAACCGUAGCGGCAUCAGGGAAGGGAGCGUUUCCAAACUUGUUGAAUUAUCUAACGGCGCCUAAUGUGCUUAUUCGGUCCGCUGCCCUAGCUUCAAACGCAUCUUCAGGGACAAUCUAUUGCAAAGACGAGACAGGUGCAAUUGUGCCCUGGCCUCAUACUCAAGACGUCACAUUCCAAUCCUGGCGGCAGGUUAAUCUCAGUGGCCGAGAAUUGCCGCUUGCCCGACUCGCCGAAUUGUUUAACGUCAACCACUUCAUCGUAUCCCAGACACGGCCAUAUAUCGUUCCAUUUCUGUACCCGGACACGCMCCCCGGCCAACGACUCAGCAACCACGCAAGCCUCGACCAACCUCUUAUGCGAUUGAUCAUGCUCGAAAUCAGACACAGAUUAAAACAACUAGACUACCUAGGCUUUCUCCCCAUGGGUCUCCGCCGCCUGCUCAUGGACGAGAACAUUCCCGGCCCAAGCUUAACCCUCAUUCCAGACCUAACCUCGAGCGAUUUUCUGAGACUUUUCCAAGCCCCUUCCAAAGCCGGGCUGGACUACUGGGUGCGCAAAGGCGAGCGGGGUGUGUGGCCCGCCGUCAGCGCUUUGAGGGUAAGGUGCGCGAUUGAGAUUGAGCUGGAUCGGUGUUAUCAGAUGGUUCGGCGGCGCCGGCGACGCAGUGAUGUCAGUCAGCAGCCAGUUGUUGUUCCGCAUUAUCGACAUGGAGCGAAUGAGGGGGUUCCACGGAAGCGGAGGUCGAUCGGGCAUGAUUGUGUGGAUUAG